GCUCACACUUCGAGUUUGGGUCUCCGCAGCGUCCGUAGUUUUGAACUUUCACCGCUCCUGCGGCCGGCGCCGCGGAAUAGUACGCAUGCGUCUUGUCUUCGAAUGGGUGGCACCCUUAUCCUCGCGGCAGCGGCAGGAGCCGUGGCCGUGCUGCUGGCAGUGCGGCUGUGGGUAGUGCUGCGUCCCCGCGCCACUGUGCCCCGGCGGUCUCUCAGCCUCUUGGUGGUGGCUGGGUCCGGUGGGCAUACCACUGAGAUCCUGAGGCUGCUUGAGAACUUGUCCGAUGCUUACUCUCCUAGACAUUAUAUCAUUGCUGACACUGAUGAAAUGAGUGCCCAUAAAAUAAAUUCUUUUGAAGGAAAUCGAGCUGAUAGAAACCCCCGUGCUAUGUUUACCGAAUACUAUAUUCACCGCAUUCCCAGAAGCCGGGAGGUCCAGCAGUCCUGGCUGUCCACGGUACUCACCACCUUAUACUCUAUGUGGCUCUCCUUCCCCCUGACUCACCGAGUGAAGCCAGAUUUGGUGUUAUGUAACGGACCAGGAACAUGUGUUCCUAUCUGUAUAUCUGCCCUUCUCCUUGGGAUACUAGGAAUAAAGAAAGUGAUCAUUGUCUACGUUGAAAGCAUCUGCCGAGUGGAACAUUUAUCCCUGUCCGGAAAGAUUCUGUUUCACCUCUCCGAUUACUUCAUUGUUCAGUGGCCGACUCUUAAGGAGAAAUAUCCCAAAUCUGUCUACCUCGGGCGAAUUGUUUGAUGAAUGACAACUUACUUCUUUAGAAUUUUGCAGUCAACAAUAUUUACUAUAAAUGGGGAACAAAAAACUACAUGUUUAUUGUAAAAGCUUUUGAGAAUCCUGAGAAUUAUUGGUGGUCAAGAGUAGAGAAAUGUAUAAGUAACCCAGUGAGGAAACUGAGGUUGCUUUUAUAAAACAAGCAUUAAUAAACCAUUAAGUGUU